AUGUGUAUAUUCUCAGUGCUUCCUCCUCUUCCUCCGUGUAUCCUCCUCUUCCUCCUCAGGGCCUCCUCCUCCUCUUCCUCCUCAGUGCCUCCUCCUCCUCUUCCUCCUCAGUGCCUCCUCCUCCUCUUCCUCCUCAGUGCCUCCUCCUCCUCUUCCUCCUCAGGGCCUCCUCAGUGCCUCCUCCUCUUCCUCCUCAGUGCCUCCUCAGUGCCUCCUCAGGGCCUCCUCAGGGCCUCCUCAGUGCCUCCUCCUCCUCUUCCUCCUCAGGGCCUCCUCAGUGCCUCUUCCUCCUCUUCCUCCUCAGGGCCUCCUCAGGGCCUCCUCAGUGCCUCCUCCUCCUCUUCCUCCUCAGGGCCUCCUCAGUGCCUCUUCCUCCUCUUCCUCCUCAGGGCCUCCUCAGGGCCUCCUCAGUGCCUCCUCCUCCUCUUCCUCCUCAGGGCCUCCUCAGUGCCUCUUCCUCCUCUUCCUCCUCAGGGCCUCCUCAGUGCCUCUUCCUCCUCUUCCUCCUCAGGGCCUCCUCAGGGCCUCCUCAGUGCCUCCUCCUCCUCUUCCUCCUCAGGGCCUCCUCAGUGCCUCUUCCUCCUCUUCCUCCUCAGGGCCUCCUCAGGGCCUCCUCAGUGCCUCCUCCUCCUCUUCCUCCUCAGGGCCUCCUCAGUGCCUCUUCCUCCUCUUCCUCCUCAGGGCCUCCUCAGUGCCUCCUCCUCCUCUUCCUCCUCAGGGCCUCCUCAGUGCCUCCUCCUCCUCUUCCUCCUCAGGGCCUCCUCAGUGCCUCUUCCUCCUCUUCCUCCUCAGGGCCUCCUCAGUGCCUCCUGA